AUGUCGGUCCUCUCUACCAUGUCAGGGGAGCGGCUCACCCUUCCUUUUGCUCGGCGAGGUUCCUCACUGGACCUCAAGCUAGACCUGUACCCAUUUCUCCACGCUCCCUCUUCCACGUCAUCCUCCUCGUCCUUCCCACCUCCCUCCCCUUUCGUCCUCUACGUCCAUUCUGCCUUUAGCAACCCCUUCUUUUCUGGCUCUCGCAGGGAUGUACCCGUAUGGCUGCUGGAGCUGUGUGAGAAGAAGGGCUGGCCCCUGGUCGUUGGGGACUACCGCCUCGCUCCGGAAGUGGGCGUAGGAGAGAUGCUGGAAGACCUUCAGGCGCUGUGGGACUUCAUUGCCAAGGCCGAAGAGCCUUCCUAUGUCGGCAGCUCCAACAUUAGCGCCAGUAGCAAAGCUAGCGCCUCCAAUACUCGCGCUUCAUCUCCGUCUGUGACGGAGGUGAUCACCCGUCUCAACUGGUCCAUCGUGUCUGCCUCCCCCGCGUCUGAAGCGGAUACGGGCGCGCAUACCUUGAAUCAGAACUUUGCACUGCUACAGCAAGGGCGGGGACUAGACCCUACUCGGGCAUGUGUAUUGGGAGCGGGUAUCGCUGGAAGCUACCUAGCGCUGAGGGCUGCUGCAAGUUUCAGCCCGGCACCGCUCGCUGUGUGUGCUGUAGGAGGAGGAGUCGAGCUGCAGUCUCGAGACGCUGAGGUCGGCUCGCCCAUAGCACUCACUGCCGAUCAUGAGGCUCUUCUUGCGCGCUUGGGUCGUCCUGAUCUUGCCAUUGUCAAUGCACUAGACCGCUCUCUGAGGGAUAGUCAUGCUUUGGGAGCUGCGAGAAGAGGAAGUGAGCCAUGGUGGCGAUCUCGCUUCUACUCUUCCGCUUCGAGGCGGCGGAGCGAGCCUGGCUACAGAGAAGGCAAAGAAAGAAGGGGUUUCUACAGGGCGCUACGGAGUGCCGGUAGGCUAGGAGAGGUCUUGAGGGAGCAGGUUCCGAUGGAAAAGAUAUUGGACGACCUGCAUCGGGACAAGAAGGGAUACCCACCAGUCCUGGUCUUCUCUUCGAGGACAGAGGGGGUCACCGACCUCGAUGGCGGGAUCAGCACUUUCAUCAAUUCGCUGAGGCGACGAGAUCCCAUAGCCGCCGUCUUUGACGACUUACUGACGGCUGGACUUGCUACGAAGAGGUGGGAAGAACGCAAGAUAGCCGCUGACGAUCAGAGCCAUCAGGGUCGUCCGUCCACAAUCACUACCGGUCUAUUCGAUCCCGGCAGGCGAUUCAUGCACCGUCGCUUGCCUCACAUUGCAACGUCGCUUGAUGGGCGAGAAGGGCAUGAGCAGACGCAGCUACGCCUCCACUCUGUGCAUCGCGAGGACCCUUCCUUGCAAGGCGAGUUUGAUGCACUCGAGGCCUUCUUUGAACAUUGGUUCGAGAGAGGGCCAGCGGUAGACGGUCCAGAGGGGACAGAGAGCGACCGGAUUAUGAAGAAAAGGAGAGCGGCUGAAAAGCUCUAA